AUGUCCAGCUCACUGGAUAUUCCCCAGAGUUCAUUACAAACUGCAACAAGAGAAAAACUCAGGAAGUUUAACUCUCUGCGGGCUCGGGAGGUGCAGCCCGGGGAGUUUUGGGACGUGGUGGUUGUGACCGCUGCGGAUGAGAGUCAGAGAGAAGCUUAUGAGCUGCAGAUCAGAGACAAAGUCCAGAGAAAAGAGCUUCCCCUCGGACUCCACUACAAGGUCUUCUCUGAUCCGCCUGGAGCUAAAAUAGGGAACGGGGGCUCCACUCUGUACGCCCUGCAGCAGCUGAACGACGUCUAUGGCAAGGCUGUGGGCAGGCUCAGGGUCAUCCUCAUCCACGCAGAUGAGUGGAAGAAGAAGGUGGGCGAGUCGUACUCUGUCAUCAUAGAGAAGUUGGAAGACGAGUUCCAGCUCAAAGAGAGUGAACUCGCAGACCUCAACCUUGCCUUCAGCUCUGAUGAAGCUUUUCAGAAGGUGAAUGUGAGCUACCGAACAGAGAAGGGGCUGUCGCUGCUGCAUCUCUGCUGCGUGUGUGGAGGAAACAAGGACCAUGUCCGCACCCUGACGGUUAAAGGCCUGCGUCCCUCCAGACUGUCCAGGAAUGGAUUCACUGCGCUCCAUCUGGCUGCUUACAAGGAUAACGCUGAGCUGCUGACUGCUCUUCUGCACGGAGGGUCAGACGUGCAGCAGGUGGGCUACAGUGCUCUCACUGCCCUUCAUGUUGCCACGUUGGCUGGGCACCACGAGGCAGCUGAUAUACUCCUGCAGCACGGAGCUUCAGUGAAUGUGCAGGAUUCAGUUUUUUUCACACCACUGCAUAUUGCUGCUUAUAACAACCAUGAACAGGUGGCGAAGCUGCUGUUAAAGUUUGGGGCUGAUGUAAAUGCGAGUGGUGAGGUAGGAGACCGGCCGCUGCACCUCGCUGCAGCCAAAGGUUUCCUCUCCAUCAUCAAGCUGCUGAUGGGGGAAGGUAGCAAAGCUAAUGUAAACGCCCAGGACAAUGAAGAUCACGUCCCUCUCCACUUCUGCGCUCGCUUCGGUCACCAUGAGAUUGUGCGCUUUCUCCUGCAGGGCAACUUUGAUGUGCAGCCUCACUCUGUCAACAUCUACGGGGACACACCGUUACACUUGGCCUGCUAUAAUGGAAAAUUUGAGGCAGCGAAGGAGCUCCUACAGCUCUCUGGAACCGACAGUCUGUCAAAGGAGAACAUAUUCAGCGAGACGGCACUUCACAGUGCAUGCACCUAUGGUAAAGACCUGGAGAUGGUCAAGUUCUUGUUGGGCCAGAAUGCUACGAGCCUCAACAAUCAGGGCAGAGACGGACACACAGCUCUGCACAGCGCCUGUUUCCACGGCCACAUCCGCCUGGUGCAGUUCUUGCUGGACAGCGGGGCAGACAUGAACCUGGUGGCCUGCGACCCGAGCAGGUCCAGUGGGGAGAAAGACGAGCAGACCUGCCUGAUGUGGGCGUAUGAAAAAGGUCACGAUGCCAUUGUCACCUUACUGAAACACUACAAACGUCCAGAUGACUCUCCCUGCAAUGAGUACUCCCAGCCAGGAGGGGAUGGGUCCUACGUUUCAGUGCCGUCUCCUCUGGGAAAAAUCAAAAGCAUGACUAAAGAGAAGGCAGAAGUCCUCCUGCUCAGGGCCAGCCUCCCCUCUCAUUUCCAUCUUCAGCUGUCUGAGCUGGAGUUUAAUGAAAUUAUUGGAUCAGGCUCCUUUGGAAGAGUCUACAGAGGCAAAUGCAGGAACAAAAUUGUUGCUAUAAAACGCUACCGAGCCAACACGUAUUGCUCUAAGUCCGACGUGGACAUGUUCUGCAGAGAGGUCUCCAUCCUCUGCCGCCUCAACCACCCCUGCAUCAUCCAGUUUGUGGGGGCGUGUCUGGACGACCCCAGCCAGUUCGCCAUCGUCACCCAGUACGUCUCCGGAGGCUCGCUGUUCUCUCUGCUGCACGAGCAGAAGAGGCUUAUCGACCUGCAGUCCAAGCUCAUCAUUGCCAUCGACGUGGCCAAGGGCAUGGAGUACCUGCACAACCUCACCCAGCCUAUCAUCCACAGGGACCUCAACAGCCACAACAUUCUGCUGUACGAGGACGGACAUGCUGUGGUGGCGGAUUUUGGAGAAUCUAGAUUUCUACAAUCUGUGGAUGAGGACAACAUGACCAAGCAGCCGGGGAACCUGCGUUGGAUGGCUCCAGAGGUGUUCACCCAGUGUACUCGCUACUCUGUGAAGGCAGACAUAUUCAGCUACGCCCUCUGUCUGUGGGAGCUGCUUACUGGAGAAAUUCCCUUCGCUCAUCUCAAACCUGCUGCAGCAGCAGCAGACAUGGCCUACCAUCACAUCCGGCCUCCUGUGGGAUACUCCAUCCCCAAACCCAUCUCUGCUCUCCUGAUGAGAGGCUGGAACGCCUGCCCAGAGGACAGGCCUGAGUUCUCUGAAAUGGUUUCCAACCUGGAGGAAUGUUUGUGCAAUGUCGAGCUGAUGUCUCCAGCCUCCAGUAACAGCAGCGGCUCCCUGUCUCCCUCCUCCUCCUCUGACUGUCUGCUGGGGCGAGGAGGACCCGGUCGGAGCCACGUGGCUGCCCUGCGCUCCCGAUUUGAGCUGGAGUACGCUCUCAACACACGCGCCUACGCCUUCUGGACUCAGAGGUAUGACGCCUCCAGCGCCUCCGCAGACAGUGAGCAGCGUCGAGCAUCCGGAGGCCUUUCACUGGAGGAACUCAGGAGGAACAUGCAGUUUUCUCCUAUCGACCGAAAUGGGUACGUGUCUGAUCCAAUGAGCACCAUGAGAUUCUGCUCUUCUUACAGCAGCAGCGGCAGCUUCGAGGACAGUAACUAAACCUAGUAACUUAUUAUAUCAUAUUACCUUAUUAUUUCAGACAUUCUUGCCUGGUUUGAUAGUUCAUUUUUCAGUAAAACUGUACACAGAGAUGGUAAAAGUAGUGGAUACUGCUAACCAACUUGCAAACUGAUCUCUAUUUUGUUGUAGCUUUCUGUAUUUGGAAGAGUUGUUUAUGAGUUUACAUUCUUAGUUCCCAGUAUCUCUAGUCUUGUUUAUUUGUUAUAUGCAAUAUGUUAACUUUUUUAAAAAACAUUUUUUGAGUUGUUUUUUGUAAUACUGUAUGUGUGACAAGCCAAUGCUUUUUUUUUUUUGUGAACAUGGUUUCCAUAAAUCUGAAA